AAAUCGAAACUUAAACCUCCAUUUUCUAGCUCAUGUUUCAUUUUUCUUUCUUUGGCUUUUGUCUAAGUUAAUGUAACAUUUCAUCACCCCCUUGUACAACUCCAACGCCGUGAACGUAGUCUUUAUAAACGAGUUGUGAAGGCUGCGGACAAGACUGGUUAUUAAAGAGGAAGAAACACGCAUUUAAAACAAGUUUGACUUUCUCAGCAGCGUAGCCAGAGUAGUCAAUUAUUUUCACAGCUUUUCUUAUUUCUUCGUGAGCUUAUUGUGUUCGAAUUAAGUCGAAAGUUUGCAUGAUAUUUUAUUUUUUGCGAGCCUGUUUAAGUAGAAGCACCGACGCUAAAAUUAUUUCCUUGUUUUUCCAUCUCUGCUACUUCCGGUUGACCAUCUGAAGGUGCUAUCAUUGUGCAACUAUCCUGUCCUGACACCUUGUCAGGUUAUUCUGUUGGUGUUGGAGGACAUACAGUGAUACUGAAGCUGCAGAGCCAGUUGUACCGGCCUCCUUUGCUCUCAACCCCUGCGCUAUGAGCAGAGGUAGAGGAGGGCCUUUCAAGGAAUAUUAUAAUCGGCAUCCACCACCCCACUUGCAGCCCAAGGAGAAUUUCUACAGACCUGGCCCAGUCCCACCCUUCCCAAGAGCUGAUCCGUCGCAGAUCCCAAAUCUAAAUUACUAUAACAGUGCUGUCCGGCCUGUAGUGCCCUUGCAGUCCCCACCUCCUCUCAUCCCCUCUGCUCCCCCUUUACCAAACCACAUUAACGUGUCCCCUAAUAGUUCACAGAUUGACAAUCGCAACAUCAGUUCAGUUCCCAAUUCAUUCCAUCAGAAACAGGUAGAGUUUCUCAGAGGGCAGAACUGUGAGGGACCACAGUUCAGAAGAAACGCACAGGGAUCUAGUUCAUUAUACCAGCCACAAUCAGGGUAUAGUAGAUACUCAGACCCAAACAGCAGCCCCAGGGGCAGAGGUUGCUAUAAGCAAAACCAGAGCUCUGCAUACCCUUCUGGUACGCAAAGCAUUUCUGGCCCACGACACGCAAACAGCCAGCACUCCAGCAGACAAUCAUGUGUCCAAGCAAAUACUCUAUGUGACAAUUUUCAGAGAUUGGCUCUUAAUCAAGUCAAACUCGGUGGAGGAGGAGAAAGGUUUGACAGACAUUUUUUCUCAAGCUGCUCAGGAAACUUGAGAUAUUCUAAAGGUAGUAUAACUCUUACACCUGAUAUACAGGACCAAGUGUACAGAGCUUUGGCUGUUUUGUCACAUCAGGAGAGUAUUUCAGCUAAAGCAUUAGCCAGAAAAUUGCAUUUGCCAAAGAAGAUAGUCAACAAGGCUCUCUACGCUUUGGAACGGUCACAGAAAGCCUCCAAGCAAGGACUCCUCCCACCUGAGUGGACUCUUUACCAAGAACCCAUUCAGGUUCAGAAAGGUUGGGUCUCAGAAGUACAAAGACCGUCUUCUAGUUUGAGCACCAGUACCAAAGGUCCACAAAUACGUGAAACCACAGUUGACAGAGAAACUGAAAAAAAGGGACCGUGCAAAGAAGAAGACUCUGACACAGAAUCCAGUUCGUUUAACUGUUCCUCGUUGGAGUCAUCUGACUCUGAGGAAUCCCAGUCUUCAGCAAAAGAUUGUCACCACAGGAACAUAUUUCCCAGCUCCAAUAGUUCACCUGAUCAGGAACUUAACUUUGCUAUGAUGGCAGACCUGAAAGAGAAAAUUUUGCAAUAUCUCCUAGAAUCCGAGGCGGCAACUGCUCUCGUCAUAGCAAAAAACGUUGACCUUAAAACAUCUAAGCAGGUCAAUCCCACCCUUCAUGAUCUGGAAAAGCAAGGUGAAGUUGUUAAAGACAGUGACUUCAACCCUCCCAAAUGGAAGCUCUCCGAUCACAGAAGAGAGAGGAUGAAAAGAAGCCUGAAAGCUGCACAAGGUACCCCGGCUGUGGGGAGUCAGAUGGAGGUGGAAGAGGGCAAAGGUCAGGAUGGAGGGGUCUCCAUCGUGGGGCCGUCACCGCCAUAUAUACCAGGCCUUGAGUUACUGCUACCAACGGAGGAUUCAGUGCCAGGGCAUAGUCAAAGCAAUGAGCCUUCCUUAACCUUGUGUGGAGACAAAGAGAUGAACGAGGAACAAUGGGCCAGUGAUGAAAUCCCAGAAUUUCUCAACACUAUUCGCAAACAGACAGAUGCUGAUAAAUGGUCGACAACGAAAACUAAUUUUAUGGGAACCGUCGCUGUGUCAGUAGCUGCUCCACCUCCCCAGAAUCUGUGGGCCAAAUUACAGGAGGUGAGACUGAAGAAUCCUGUCAGUGGUCUCAUGGAGUAUGCCCAGUAUCUGGGCCAAAACUGUGAGUUCCUGCUUCUGGACCAAUCAGGACCUUCUCAUGACCCUAGAUUCCGUAUGCAGGUAAUGCUAAACAGGAGGCUGUUUCCCAUCGCAGAAGCUUCGAGUAAGAAGGUUGCUAAAAAAGAUGCUGCUGCGGCCACUCUGCGUAUUCUCAUUGAAGAGAUGCAGGGAGGGACGGGGACAGCGGACGAGGGAAAUGCAGGCACCGUGGACCAAGUGAUGGACAUACUACAAAGGUCUGUUGAGACUGUAGGGGGGGGUUCCAGUGUUGUGGAAGGAAUGGUAGAGGGACCCUGCCAGCCCCUGUCCCGCUCUCUGCCCGGUGGGAAGAAUCCAGUGUCUGUCCUGAUGGAGUACAGCCAGCGCACGGGGAACCCCAUCGAAUUCAUCAUCACUGGGCAGGCAGGCCCACCACAUGACCCAAGGUUCAUGUACAGAGUGAAGGUUGGAGAGAGUUUGUUUGCAGAGGCCUCCGCUCCAAGUAAAAAGGCAGCCCGCCAGUUGGCAGCAGAAGAAGCUGUCAAAGAAUUAAUGGCUGGUGGAAAACUGCAGGUCAACAAGCCUCACUUGCCCCUGGGCCCUUCGACUGAUAGUGAAGGGGGUUCCUCUGGGCCAACAUGCCCUCCUCUAACCGUAGAUGAGUUGCGGGCGGCCCAUGAAGCCGGCGUUGGGGACCUCAUCAAUCACCUGAACAACAACGCAGUGUCAGGUCUUCUGGAAUAUGCCAGAGCCCGGGGCUUUGCUGCCGAGAUCCGCCUGGUGGGCCAAUCUGGACCCCCACAUGAUCCAAAGUUCACCUACCAGGCCAAGCUGGGCGGACGCUGGUUUCCUCCAGUUUGUGCCUCCAACAAAAAACAGGGAAAGCAGGAAGCAGCGGAUGCUGCUCUCCGGGUUUUGAUUGGAGAAGCCGAGAAGGCGGCACGCACUGGCGAGCUUAUCCCCAAUGAGCUCCCAGUCAGUGGCAGCACUUUGCAUGACCAGAUAGCAAUGUUGAGUCACCAGCGUUUCAACGCCCUGACCACCCGUAUCCAACACAGUCUUCUUGGACGCAAGAUCCUGGCCACCAUCAUCAUGAGGAGAGGCGAAGGCCUGGGCACCGUAGUCAGCCUUGGAACUGGAAAUCGUUGUGUCAAAGGGGAGGAGCUGAGCCUUAAAGGCGACACUGUUAAUGAUUGCCACGCUGAAAUCAUCUCAAGGAGAGGAUUUAUUCGGUUUCUGUAUAACGAACUGCUCAAGCACGUUGAGGGUGCAGAUGACAGUAUAUUUGAGCCAGCAGAGGAGAACAAACUACGGAUCAAAUCUGACAUUACCUUUCACCUUUACAUCAGCACGGCUCCAUGUGGGGAUGGCGCACUGUUUGAUAAAUCUUGCAGUGAGGCAGGAGAUGAAAACCAGGACCACCAGCCUUUAUUUGAGAAUGCUAAGCAGGGCAAGCUUCGCACCAAAGUGGAGAAUGGCGAGGGGACCAUCCCAGUGGAGUCAAGUGCCAUUGUACCCACCUGGGACGGUAUCCAACAUGGAGAAAGGCUGCGAACCAUGAGCUGCAGCGACAAGAUCAUGCGCUGGAACGUGCUCGGCCUCCAGGGGGCACUGCUCACUCAUUUUCUCCACCCCAUUUACCUGAAGUCCAUCACACUUGGCUAUUUGUACAGUCAUGGUCACCUGACACGUGCUGUCUGCUGUCGGCUUUCCAGAGAUGGGGACGCCUUCGCCCAGAGUCUCCCCAGUCCCUUCAAGCUGAACCACCCAGAGGUGGGCCGGGUGAGUGUGUAUGACUCUACACGUCACACAGGCAAGACCAAGGAGUCCAGUGUGAACUGGAGCUUUCCAGACCAGCACAAUGUGGAGGUGCUGGACGGGACCAAGGGGAAGCUAGAUGGGAACAAACAGGCGGUGUCCCGCGUAUCCAAGUCCAACCUGUUCGGGCUGUUCCGCUCUCUGUGCCAGAAGUGCGGCCGAGCUGAUCUCUACCCCCUGACAUCCUACACUCAGGCCAAGAUGGCUGCCACGACGUUCCAGCUUGCUAGGCAACAGUUUUUCCAAGCUCUCAGUGCCCACCGCUACGGAGCCUGGAUCAGCAAACCCCUGGAAGAGAAGAGUUUUGAGGCACUAGAGGGAACCAGAAACAACGGCUUAAACAUCCCAGUGGGAAAUGGAAGCAAUACGAACGGAGGUGCAGCGGUGUACAAGCAGGCAGAGGCGUAGAUCAGUGCAGGGCGUUCUGUUGAGUAGAUGGUAAUAUUAUGUGGGGUUGGGGAGGGGGGUACAUAGAAGGGGAAGUUUGUGUCUAAAGAAAAUAAAUGCAAAGCCGGCAGCCAGAACUGUGUCUUCUACUGGAACAUGGUUGAAGGCUGCAGAGAGAUGGAAAGGGACAGAAUGAAGUCAAGGGCAAAGCCUGAAGUAGGAACAAGGUCACUGUUGACAAACAGUGAAGGAGAGAGAUCCUCUUGGUGUACAGAAGAGCAAUACAACAUGGAAACAGAAGAAGUCAGUUAACAUCUGUUGCGAAAACUGCUGCUCGGCUGAGUCAUCGUAGUAUGUGAAUUGGUUAUAUGCAUUCAAAUGUUAGUUUCAGAUUUCUUCAGCAGUUAAGUGUGACAUAUGUAGUCGUUUUUCCACUGUUAAUUAAUCUGUGUAAAGUCACUUUUGCAGUUUCUGUGAACAUUGUCAAUGAGGAGUGGACCCAGGUCAUUUGUUCUCGUUAGACCACUGUUCAUUGUCCUAUUUUACUAUGAACACUCGAUCACAUUACUGGACCUGUUAGUAGAAAUUAAGCCUGAUGUGACCCUGCGUUGUCGUGUCUUCUCGUGGAUAGCUGUUGUUGCUCUGCUUCCUAUGUUUUAUUUUAAGGUAAUUGCAGGCUUUUAAAGCAUCACAAUAGUUUUUUGUUUUUUUUUAAUCCCAUGGUAAAAUAGCGUUUUUAGUUCUUCUUUUUUCUUUCUUCUUCUUUUUUUUUUAUAAAGAAAUAUUCAUUAUUUGGUUUUAAGGAGUGCCAUGUUUCUGUCAUGGUCCCUUGUCCCUGCUGUUGGUUGAAACCAGCCAAAGUAAUUUUGGAUUCCUGUCCUGGUUUCAACCCUUUACAGUAAUAUGUCACAUGGCAACAAGGAAUUUAGCUACAGUAGACAUUAUGAUAGAGGUAACAAAGACAUGACAAAGACAUUUGUUCUGCUUUAAGAUGGUGAGCUGACACUGGGAUGCUCUGCAGGAAACAUUUCACACGGAUGUCAAGAGUAAACAUUGGGUUUAGGCCUUGUGCAGUGUAGAUAAAGCAGUGUACAUAAACUAUUACUGUAGUCAAGGCCAGCUUUACACUGGCUGUGUGAUGUACGUGCUGCGUGUGCGUUUGAACUCCUGCAUUCGUGCUGCCUGUUCGUAAUUCAUAUUGCUAACCUUUCUGUUGCACAGCCAUGCCUCUGAUAACGACCAGUCUCGGUUUUGCUUUGAUCGAUAUGCUUUGAGAAGUAAAAUCCAGGGGAGGAGACCACUUAAACUGGAGACCAGUAGCAUGCAAUAGCCAGAAUUAAAAUAAAUGUAUGAUUACAGCAGAUUAUAACGUAGUCUUAUGUCUAUGAUGUACUGACUGCAUCUGACAGAGAUCACACAGCGGGCAUAAAGCUGGCAAAAGGUAACUUUUACAUGGUCACGAGUGGCAUAUUGGUAACAUUUAAAAGUUAACUUUCAGUUCACACUGUUGCGUCCCCAUUCAGACUCAUCUAAUUUACACCAGCAGAAAAAUAUAAACUGACUCAAGUCACAAAUCUAUAUCUUCAUUCGUUGUUGUCAUGAUUGCCAAAAGUGCAGAAUAGGCUUCGUUAAACCCCAUCCGUCUGUGCUUGUAAAGCUUUUACAUAGAACUGCUGAUGUCGUCCUCUAAGCAGUGCAAUAUUUCUGUUCCUAUGGCUUGUAUGGUUUUCAAGUGUUUGAUUCUAUUUUUUUCCUCAGUAGCAGAUAUUGCUAGAAAUUCUUCAAAACCUGUAACAGUCCUGCAUGUUGUUUUGUUUUAUAUAUUUUCUUUAAACAGCAGGUCUUGGUACUUGUCAGUUCCCAAAGACCACACAGGUCAGACAAUUUUGUUGUCUUACAAGUAUGUUUUCUCAAAUUAAAUGGAUGACGCAAUAUAUGCAUAAAUGUGUACACAAAUACAUGGACACACAGAUGUACAGUGAGAUCCAGAAACCCCAGUCUGCUGUCAGAAGCUCAUUUAUCACAUGUUUUAGUCUCCAGUGCUUGUAUUAAAUAAUGCUCGCAUACAGAAAAGUGCAAGUGUGUGCAUUAUUUAUUUCUUAUUUUGAUCAUCUUUUUUCACUGUUUUUGUUUUUUUUUCUUAAAUGCAAAAAAAACUAUGCAAGAUGGCACUGAGAUGCGUCACGCAGUUUUGUUUAACGUAAUGCUUAAAUAUAACUUGCUGUCUUGAGGGGAAAAUUUAUUUUUAAGCUUGCGGAAGAGCACAAUUUACACAUUCAGUGCUUUGCAAAUGUCUUUCAACCCUAGUUGCCUUAUUUUCAUUUUUCAUGGCCAUCCACAUUUGUUUUUCUGUCUCAUGAUGAAGAUGAAAGCAGAAAAUACAAUGAUGUUAAGAGUUAAAUCACUUAAUCAGUUGGCUGAAUCAUCAGCUGUCCAAGUUUCGACCAUUUUGUGGUAACCGUUAUAUGCCAGAGAAAAGGCCACCUCAUUCAACCUCUAGACGGCAUCAACACAAAGUAAAACCAUAAAAUGUUCAAAAUAAAACGAGUCGAUAUUUAAUGUGACCUCCCUCAGAACCAAGUGCAGAUUUAACCCUCUUCAAGGAGUUAAUAUUAGACGUUUGCAGUGAUACUAAUUAGGAUUCUGUUGUAGUUCGGUUUAAGACGGCUGUAUUUUCUGUUUACAUCUUAAAGAGACUUGAAAAUAAAAGUAGAGCUCAUAACUUUGACAAUAUGUCACGACUGGGAUAACUAAGACUUUUGCACAGUAUUGUUUCUGCCUUUCAAAGAGUGCUUUUAUUUUAAUAUUUAAAAAACUUCAAGAUGAACUGAGACCUCUGGAUCCCACUAAACCACUGGAUACAAAACUGAUGCAUUUAGUUUAAUGCCGUGUGUUUGUGUAGGUGUAUAUAUUUUGUAAGUCAUCCAAAAUAACUUUGUAUAUGUUUUUCAUGUGAUUUUAAUUAGACUCGAAUGUUCUAUAAUUUUUUUUAAUCAAUAAAUUUUGAAGG